AUGGAGACGUACGCCAACAUCAUGGCCAAGGACAAGCCUGACCCACGGGGACCAGGCUACAUCAAGCUGUAUCUUCUUUGUUCAGCCGUCUUUCUAUGCUCGACGAUGAACGGGUUUGAUAGCAGCUUGAUGGGUUCCAUCAACGCGCUUCCAAACUACACUUCAUACUUCAACCUACCGGAGAACGGCAACGCCAGUACCGGUAUUGUUGGUCAAAUGUGCGGCGCUCUCUUCAUCUGGAUGACGGACUGGUAUGGACGAACAUGGCACAUCUUCUUUGGCUGCUUGGGCGUGUGCAUUGGAACUGUCGUAACGUCUCUGUCAACAUCUCUGCCCAUGUUUAUUGCCGGGAGGUUUCUUCUGUCCUUCUUUGCGACCUGUGCGCAUACUGCUGCUCCUCUGUAUCUGGUUGAGCUAGCCCCGGCAGCUUACCGCGGAACCAUCGCAGGAAUGUACAACACCUUCUACAACGUGGGCUCUGUGUUUGCUACCUCAGCGGUGUACGCCUGCCACAAAUACCUCGCCCAUAGUGGUGACAUCGAUUGGAGACUCCCUCUUUGGCUUCAGAUGGUUUGUCCGGGAUUGGUCUGCAUACUUAUCAAAUUCUACCCUGAGUCUCCCCGAUGGCUCGUUGCCAAGAACCGACGCGAAGAAGCAAGGGCUAUUAUCGCCACGUAUCACACCAACGGCGACAUUGACCACCCGCUUGUUGCCCUGCAAAUGAGAGAGAUGAUUGCAACAAUUGAUGAAGACCACCAAGCGUCCUGGAAAGAUCUUUUUGAUCUCAGUGUGCUUGUUGAAUCGCGUUCCAGCCGUUACAGAUUGAUGCUCAAUAUCGCAUUCUCUUGGUUUGGCCAAUUUAGCGGAAACAAUAUCGUGUCCUACUACCUGCCCAUUAUGCUUACUGGUAUUGGAAUCACCAACACCAACACCAAGCUGAUUCUGAACAUUGUGUAUGCGGUUGUCGGCUGGGUCUCUUCCAUUAUUGGCUCUCGUCUACACGAUGUCGUCGGUCGCCGCAAGAUGCUUAUCACUGCCACAGCAGGCAUGACCGUAUGCUUGGCAAUAGUUGCGGCAUGUGCAGCAGGAUACACGAAAUACGGCAACCAGGCGUCGUCCACUGUCAGUAUCGUCUUCAUUUUCAUGUUCGGCGCAGUUUUUGCCUGUGGCUUCACUCCAAUGCAGCCAAUUUACCCUGCCGAAGUCGUGAGCAAUAAGAUGCGAGCCAAGGCCAUGGGAACGUUCAAACUGACAGCCGGAGCGGCUGGAUUCCUCAACACCUUUAUCGGCUAUUGGUUCUAUGUGUUUUUCGUGUUUUGGGAUACCUUCGAGAUGACCUUUAUGUAUUUCCUAUUCGUUGAAACCAAAGGCUCUACACUGGAGGAGCUGGAUGUUAUAUUCGAAGCAAAGAACCCGCGAAAGGCCAGCGUUGAAGCCGCAAAGGCUCGGAAGAGGAUUAUCAAACAGAGAGGAUCCUCGGUCUAG